AUGAGAUUCUGGGUCACCCAUCUCAAUGACGAGCUGGCUGAAGUGAUAGUUGGCAACACUGGCAAAUGGCUAGAAGAUGUGCUCACAGAAAUGAACCGAUUCACGAAGGAGAACCCUGGUGAGAUUAUCUUUUUCCGAAUGAAUUAUCUGAUUGACCUUCGCAAAGUCCCCAGCUUAGGCCCAAUCUACUGGACGCAAGACAUUGUCGACGACUUUUUCACACACCUCAAGACCCUCAACAACUGGUGUGGAGAUCUGGAAAAGGGCUUCCACAACCAGAAGGCGUCCUAUUUCAUGGACCGGAAUGACGGUGCCGGCUGUGUGAUCUUUGUUCUGGAUGUACAUCUCAAUGACGUGAAGACAUCCACUGCCCCCACUGAUGGCAUAUACCCUGCCUCGCAAAUGAACUUCUAG